AUGGAAAUCUUUCGUGGCAUAUGUGCUGAUGGUGAAUUGUUACGCUCCAUAUAUUGUAAUUAUGAUAAGAAUAGUGAUUCAACAAAUGUGUUCCAUGAUAUGAUUAAUUCUUUUGGGAAAUUGGCUGCUGAAAAGCCCCAAACUUUUAGUACUGGAAUACAUUCAUUUAUAGGUAAUUUGCAUCAAAAUAGAGAAAACAUAGAUGUUACUGGAAUGGCGAGCGCUGUAAUAGGAAAUCCUGCUCAUGUAGAAUAUCUUUCUUUGACGAUUGCAAAUUCAACAAUGAAGAUACAAUGUAUUGAUCAAUUGGACAAAGUAGAUUCACCCCAGAUUCCUGACACAUAUUUAAAUUUUCUUGCUCUUGUAUGUCUCAAUUCUGUAGCAGAUAGCCUUCAUAAUUUUGUUUUUAAAGUUUUUUCAGAAGUUCUCCAAAAACAACAAUUGGAAAAAAACUCACCAUCUAUUUCAGGAGAUUCUAUUCAUUCUCAAGAUUCCCCUAUAACACCCGUUAAUCAGCAGUCCACAACCUUUGGUGUAACCACUUUGAAGCAGAUGGAAUUGCAUUCAUUAUAUAAUGAAGUUCUCCUGGUCAAGGAAAUUGCAAAUACAGCAUGGCCUGGUUUAUUAGCUGCACAGUCCUUCUUCCUCACAUUAAAUAUUGAUGAUGAAUUAUUUCAAGGUGUUUUACGUGCUUAUCAGAAUUUUACAAUUGUGUGCGGUAUUCUGCAACUUUCAACUCCUCGUGAUGCUUUUUUAACCAGUUUGUGUAAGGGUGCUGUACCGCCUAGUGUAGUCACAGCAUUUUUGGCAGAAAGCAAAGCAGUUCAUAGUGCUGGAGCUGCAACCAAUAAUGAAAAUUCAUUUGGCGUUUCAUUAUCAGAUAGAAAUUUAUCAUGUUUAAAAAUACUUUUGAACAUUGCGCAAUACCUUGGUGGGAUUUUAGGUGAUUCGUGGUAUUUAGUGUUAGAAGUUCUGCAUUUGGCAGAUUUGAUAUUAUUUCCAAAACAUGGAAGGGGCGGAUCCAGAGGUGCACGAAGACUAGGUACUCAGAAUACAGCAUCAUUAUCUGCAACUUCAUUGGCUAAUUCUUUGUCUCCUAAAAGUCCUUCAGCAUCUAUUCAUCAAACAUCAUCGACAGCUCAAAAUAUAAAGCGAAAUUCUGCCGUUAUAACGUCUGCUCAAGAUGCAUCAUCUACUAAUUAUCCUAAUCAGCUUUCAGCAAUUGAAAAUGAUUUGAAUAUUUUAUUGAUACAAAUUAAAAAGUUAUUUGAUAAUUGUAAAUUUCUUGACGAUGAUGCAUUAAAAGCAUUCACUAGAUCUUUAUGCAAGCUCAGCUUUGAUACGAUCGGAAUACCAUUUGACAGUAAAAUAUCUGUACCUAAACAAGACAAGUCAUCACCAGAAAGUAAGACACCCAAAUCUACUACACUUGGCAUCUUAAAAGGGAAUAGAACAGAUGAACGAUCUUUUGCAAUUGAUAAACUACGUUCGGUAGCACUAUUAAACAUAGAUCGAAUGAUUGUUCAGGAUCCUUCUCUUAUAUGGGAUUUAAUUAUUUCACAUCUGAUUGUUAUUGCAAAUUAUAUUUCAACCCCGCAGACUCCACAGCCAAUCCGUUUGCAAGCUUGUGAAACUUUAGCUGACAUUGUUAUCUCAUCGAUAAAUUAUGCAGAAUCUGUACAAAUGGAAAAUGAUGAACGAAUUCAAAUGCAAUUACUUCUUGCGAUCAAUCAAUUAGUUAAUAACCCAGAAAGAAAUUCUCAAACAAAUAAUAAAGGAUUCUACAUUGAAGUUCAAAAAAUGGGAUUGGAAACCUUGGAUAAAUUAUUACAAAAUUCUGGGCAUUCAUUUACUCAUGGGUGGAGCAUAAUUUUUGAUAUGAUUAAAAGUGUGUGCACACCAUUAGAAAGUGGCGAGGAUGAAGGUUACACUGCCAGCUCUGACAGUAUUACUAUUGCAGGUACCUCAACCAUUGGUAUUUCUAGUUCCAAAUUAUCUGGUUUAGUUCGUGUGGCAUUUCCUUGUUUACAGCUAAUUUGCUCCGACUUUUUAUCAUUGCUUUCACCCGAGUGUUUGAAGCAAUGCAUAAAUACAUUGGGGGCAUUUGGUUUACAAAUGGAUGAUUUAAAUAUCAGUUUAACUGCUAUAACAUUAUUAUGGAAUGUUUCUGAUUUUAUACAGACCAAAAGAUCAGAAAUGGUAAAGGCUCAAGGAGACCAACAUGAUUGUUUUUGGAAAAUUGGAAAUGAAGAUAUCGAACAGAUAAUAGAAAAUGCCAUUCAUGGGGAAUUAAGUAACAAUACCAUGAAUGCUCUCUGGAUGUUGUUAUUGUUACAACUUGCAAAGAUUUGUUCAGAUGUUCGAUUUGAAGUAAGAAAUGGAGCAAAUCAAACUUUAUUUCGUACUAUUGAUAUGAAUGGAUCUGUAUUGGGGUCUCAGAUGUGGCAUGCAUGUAUCUGGAAAGUUUUGUUUCCUUUAUUGGAUUCAGUUAAAAAUGCAUCUGAGAAAGCUGUUAAGGUCAUGAAUCAGCAAAAUAAUGGUGCUUCGAAUGAUAAACCUUCUUCACAAAAAGAAUUUACUGGUUUCAUGAUACAUCAUUCUCGUAAUACUGCAGAUAAACAAUGGGAUGAGACAAAGGUUCUAGUAUUAAGUGGUGUAUCCGGUAUAUUUAAAAACUUUUUACAUAUUCUGGUAAAUUUAGAUGAUUUUAAUCAAGCUUGGAGUUUUUUCCUUUCACAUUUACAAGAUUCUUGUCUACAUUCUAGUCAUGAAGUAGCAAUUUCAGCUAUUAAAUCAUUAAACACUAUGAUUCAAUUUGCAAGUGAUGAUGUUCAUAAUGAUGAAUUGAAGGAAAAAAUUUUACCAAUGUGGCAAACUGCGUGGGAGGUUUGGGAAAGAAUAGGUCUGGUUAUUAUUACAAAAUCAAACGUUGACAAUGACAACGAUAAUAAGAAGGAAAUAGAAAUUUCAGAAGGUGUUGUAUCGUCAUCAAAGUUAAUCUCUUCACAAUUCAAUCAAGAUACUCUUACGGCAUUUAUUUGGACUUUUACUGAUCUAUACAAUGUGAUUCAGGUUGAUUUUGAGAUUAGUAAAAUAAAAAGAUUAUUAAAAGUCAUCCAUGGGAUUUUGACUUAUCCCCAUAGUCCUUCUUAUAAAUCAGAUUGUGAUUAUCUAACUGCUUUGCAAGAAGCAGUUUUGGAAGUAAUCAAUAUAUUAAAUUUAAAUGUGCCAGGUGCUCCUGCGGCAGUCUUAAGCAGUUUAGCGGAUUAUAUAACAUUAGCAUUUUUGAAAAUUUAUAAUGAAGAAAAUAAUAAAAGUAUUAAAGAAGGAAUUGGAUAUUUUAAACAAAAGAACCACUCACAAAGCACUGCCACUAUUGUUACUGCUAGUGAUUCUACUAUUGCCACCAAUAAUAACACUACAUUUUUUAAAGAAGAAGGAAUGCCUUCCAAAAAAUCUUAUGACACAAUAACUUAUAUUGUAUUUUCAAAAACUGUGAUGCAUACUGUUAAGGAUCUAUUUAAAAAAUUUACAGAUGAUAAAGGGAUAUAUUCAGAAGAAGUAUUUGCAAAAAUUAUUUGGUGUCCACCUUCAGGUAAAAAUGUCGAACUUUGGAAAAUUGCCACAGAUUCAUUUUUAGAAGUAGUAAAAAAUGGAUUAGUUGUGUUAAAAAACCUUGGAGAUGAUUCGCAGAACCUCGAACAACAAGAUAUAGAUGAAGCAUUUGAUAUGAAGUUUCUAUUUAGAUUACAAUCUGAAGUAAUAGUUCAUAUUGGUCAUCCAUAUGUACCACAAGAACUAAUCAAAAGUAUGGUGGAAACUUUAAAAGAAGGCUCAAAACUUUAUGAUACUUUUAUAGAUGAGAGAGAAAAUAAUUAUAAUACGUUAUCUUCAACAAAUGAUUUAUCAUCAUCAUUUCAGAGUAAAAAAUUAGCAGACAAAGUUGAAGGCACAACUGCCAAAGUUAUUCCUGUAAUAAGAGAAAGAUUUGCAUAUGCUUGUUUACAAUGUUUAUUUGAUUUAUGUUCUGAACAAGGUGAACAAGGUGAAGAAGAUGAAAGUGAUGCGAGUCAUCGUAUUGCACAAGUUGCAGCACCAAUACUUUUAGAACGAUGUGCCUCUGCAAUAAAAAAGUAUACAGCUGAUCAACCGCUACAUGGAAAAUAUCCAUUUUCAAGCCUUAAUCUUGCUUCCAGGGUACAAAACGAUGAAAUCUUGUUAAUCUUACAACAACUGAUUAAAUUACAAUUUCGUACAAAUGUAUUAAACUUUGAAGAUGGAAAUUCUAAAAAAAGUUUAUUGAAAAAAGAAAUUUUAUCAGGAUCGAAUGCACAUUUAUUUUAUUUAUAUCCAGUUAUUUGCGAGGCUAUUUCCAUUCCUGAAAAAAACAUAACUGUUUUGUUAAAGGAAUGUUUAAAGAAGAUUGGUAAUGAAUUAGAAAUAUAUUAA